AUGGAGCAUAAAAGAGGGUGGGCCAAAAUCAAAAGUGAUAUUCCAAAUAAGAACUACGAUACGGACGUGGAAUACGCGAUAAAAUUAAAUCGAUGGUUAUUAAAACCAAUUGGCGUUUGGCCGUUGGAGUUAUCGUCAUCAAGAACCGAGAGAAUUGUCACGAUAACCAGCGCUGUUACGUGUUGCCUUUUAAUGAGUUUCGUUUUAACCAUUCCAUGUUGCAUCGAAAUGUUUUCCUCCCAAAAGGAUUUUAAAUCUAGACUGGAAAUGCUUGGACCUUCAAGUUUUUGUGUCAUGGCUGUUAUUAAAUUUUUCUUUUUCGUAAUUCGCGGUAAAGAAAUUAGAUUUUGUAUCGAUUCCGUCGUUACCGAUUGGCGAAACGUCGACGUACCAGAGGAACGUAAUAUUAUGUUACGGAAGGCAAAGUCUGCGCGAUUUUUAACUACGGUCUGUGCACUCUUUAUGUAUUAUGGGGGCAUUUUUUACACUACUUAUUUACCAUUAACGACAGCCAAGGCAUUAUCUACUGAAAAUGUUACCAUUAGAAUUCUACCUUAUCGUUGUAAUUUUAUACUGUUUGAUCCGUACGCGCCACUGUUUUUCGACAUCAUUUAUUUUCUGCAAUGUUUAUCCGCUGCUUUUAUGUUCACCUUGACGUCGGGAGUGUGCAGCUUGGCUGUGAAUUUUAUAAUCCAUGCAUGUGGACAGUGCCAAAUUAUUGGAUUACUUUUGGAAAAUCUCGUUGACGGUAGAGGAAAUACUUCAACCACCCUUGAAAAGAGAAUAGCUGUUGUCAUCGUGCGACACUUACAUUUGCUAAGGUUUGUCACACGCGUGGAAGAUGUAUUGAAUGAAGUGUGUCUCGUGGAAUUUUUAGGUUGCACCCUGAAUAUAUGCCUUCUUGGGUAUUACUUUAUAACGGGAUUGGAGACAGCUGACACUGCUAGAUUCGUUACUUUUGCUCUACUGUUUAUAUCCUUCACGUUUAAUAUUUUUAUAUUUUGCUAUAUCGGCCAGUUAUUGACAAAUCACUGUCAUCAAAUUGGAGAAAUAUCCUAUAUGAUCGAUUGGUAUCGCAUCCCGGGAGCCCAAGCCCGAUUUUUAAUAUUGCUAAUUGCUAUUGCUAAUCGACCAGUAACAAUCACAGCUGGUAAAAUCGUCCAACUGUCUUUUCCGUGUUUUCGUGACGUAUUAAAAGCUGCAUUAGCUUAUCUGAAUAUGCUUCGAAAGAUGACCACCUAA